UCAUUUUAAAUUCCUCUUUGGUGUAAUGCUGCUUCGACAAUGUAAUAUCUAAAUUUUAAUUGUAAAAUUAAUUCAGGCCUCAUGAAAAGGUGUUUUUGCCGUCAUUUUUUCGACAAUACUAAAGAAAGUAUGCACUCGCUGCUUGAUCACUAAACGUGGGAUGUUUAUGUUUACCUCUUUUGCUAGCGACAAGAUUCCGUUGAUCAGUAUGAAGGUUGACAUUGCCAGUAGGCACAACCGUUCGUUUUUUGGUCUUAAUAUACAGUUCGUCAAGGAUGGCGCCCUUCAUUUGCGUACCCUUGCGGUAAGAGAGUUAUUCUCCUCCCACACAUCGGAAAACUUAAAAAUCGUAGUGAACGAAAUUUUAAGUAAUUAUAAUAUAUUUAACGACCGAAUUUACACUUUUACUUCUGACAAUGGUCGGAACAUGGUGAAGCUAGGCGAAUUGCUGCAAGAAACUCAAGUAGAAGAGGAUUCAGUCGAUGAAGCUGUCAACAACGAGGUAAAUUUUUCGGCGACAACAUUGGUAAGGUGCUGCGUCCACACCUUACAAUUGGCAGUGUUGGACGCUAUCAACGAUCCAUCAGUGAAUCGAAUUAUUGCCAAGGCAAGACAUGCGGUAAAAGCUCUAAGAAACGAGUCAACGCUUCAGACAUUGAAGAAAAAAUAUAACGUGAAUAAGCCAACUCUCGAUGUCGUUACACGCUGGAGUUCCACAUGCAGUAUGUUGGCAUCAUUACUCUCGGCUAAAGAAUUCUGUAAAGAUUUCGAAGCCGAAAAACCGGCUCUUUCUUUAGCCGAUGAGGAAUGGUGCCACAUCGAGGACUGCUUAAAAGCGUUGUCACCAUGUAAAAAAGCAACGUUGCGGUUGCAAACCCAAAAUCUUGUACCAGGGGAUGUUUACGGUAUUUGGUACACUUGCAAAUUGGAAACAGAAAGGAUAGAUACACUAUUUGCAAAGAAAUUAAAGAGCUCGAUGAUUAAAAGAGAAAAACACUUGAUGGAAAAUGAGGCACUUCUUGCCUCAAUGUUUUUGGACCCGAGGUAUUUACCGCUUCUCAAAGAAACAACCAUGAAAAUAGCCAAAGAAACUUUGCUUAUAGUAUGGGACGCCAUAAAAAAGACAAAUGAAGAAGAGACACAGGUACCACCAACAGAAGACAGCCUGAUGGAACUGGAUGAAGAUGUCGAUCUUCUUUCGCUAGAAAUUCAAAGAAGAGACGCGGAAAGACAAUUCAGACUUUCCAAUGGCGGCGUUUCUCAAAUUGAAAGUCUUUUAGACGAGUUUGCAAAAACUCCUAAAAUACCAUUAAAAGAGGACAUUUUAAAAUACUGGGAAGUUAGAAAAUCAUCAUCUCCAGAACUCUACAGUCUAGCGACAAUUGUACAUGCUGCCCCAAUGACUCAGGUUAGCGUCGAAAGACUAUUUUCAGGUAUGAAAUUUAUCAUUUCAGACUUGCGCACUAACCUGAGUCAUGAUAUGAUAGACGACAUCCUUAUCGUGCGGACAAAUAAAAAUUUUCAAAAAGACUGUAUUGCAGAGGAGAAACCUGCAAAAAAAAAGAAAAUAAUUCACAUUGAAAACAUGAGCAGUGAUAAUUUAAGUACCGGUAGCAGCAGUACCGAACUAAUAGAUGAUGAACUAAUAACAAAUUGAUGAAUAAAAAGCAAUUUUUUUUAUUAAUUAUUCAAUUAAUGAUGAAAUAAUAACGACUUGAUGAAUAAAAAGCAAUUUUUUUUUAUUAAUUAUUCAAUUAAUGAUGAAAUAAUAACGACUUGAUGAAUAAAAAGCAAUUUUUUUUUAUUAAUUAUUCAAUUAAUGAUGAAAUAAUAACGACUUGAUAAAUAAAAAGCAAUUUUUUUUAUUAAUUAUUCAAUUAAUACAUGUACAUGUA